AUGGUGGUCUUUGUUGGCCUCAUCAUCCCCCUACCCUAUAAAUUGAAGAAGGGGCUCUUCACCUUUAUCUCUGAGAGCCCGCUAGUGGCUAAAAUUCAAUAUGCUAUGAAGAUCACGUUCAUUUUCAUUCUCAUUCUGUUUCUUGACAGUGUAAACCGAGUCUACCGAGUUCAGGUUGAACUCGCAGCUUAUUCAAAGGAUGGAAGCGGCGCAGGGGCCGCUGCUCUCGGAUCUGAACGCAUGGAAGUGCAAGCUCGAAAGUUCUAUUCUCAACGCAACAUGUACCUUUGCGGCUUCACGCUGUUCCUGUCACUCAUCCUCAACCAGACUUAUGUCAUGAUCCUUAACGUGCUUCGCCUUGAAGAGAAGCUCAAGAUGUAUGAGGGCGAUCCACGAGCUGGUGGAAAGAGUGCCGAGAAGCUAGACCGCGCAGGUGAAUCUGGUGAGAUCGGCAGCCUCAAAAAGGAUCUUCACAAGAAAGAUAAGGAGUUGCAAGCUAUGAAGAGUCAGGCAGAAGGAUUGCAAAAGGAGUAUGACCAACUAAGCGUCAAGUACAACCAAAUGAACCCGGACAACAACACACCCAAGAAGGAUAGGUAA